CACAUAAUGAAGUCAUUGUUUCAUGAAGACCAUGAGCUAGUUUUUGGUCUUGAUAAACUCAAUAUGACAUUUAUCUAUGAGAGCAAGUACUUUAUUGAUAUCAAUUACAUCUUCUUUUUAGUAUUUAUAUUGAAUCUUUUUUACGCUAGAGUUUGGGUCUACACAUAUCAAUCAGUCACUUAUCUCAUUCACUUCGAACUUCUCUAGAAGUAAUACGGGUAUAAAUUAUAAAAAACAUCAAGUGCUGAGUGAAAGACAAAAUCAGGAAGACUGUAGAUGAGCAGCUUUCCGUAAGUGUGAAGAAUGCUCUUUGUUAUGAAGUUUUGGCUGUGGGCUACGUCCUUUGCUUAUGCUACAGCCCUUGAAUAUAAACCAACCUAUAGUUGUAUUAAGAUGCAAAGUUCUAUCCUCCUUAUUUAGCCUGAAGAUGCGAGAAAGCUUGUUGGUCUUGUUGGUGCACCUUUGAAAUGCAAGUACAUGCUACAUGACUAUGCCAAAUAUAUAGAAAGCGAAAAGACAAUAAUAAGUAAGUUGAUACUCUUCACGGAAU